GUCUCAUGCAUGAUAGGAAAAUGAUUACGGCAGUGCAAUUAUAACAGCACACAGCUACAAAACCUGUCAGUUUAAGGAGGUGCAUCUUUUUCAUGGGCAAGAAGGAGACAGGAAGAUGCCAGUGGGUCCAGCUGGGGUAUAGUGCUGUUGAUAGCUCAGGGUAAUCGAGGGGGUUUCUCCUGGUGCAGGAUGAUGCCGACCCUGUCCUCACACAUACCAGUUCCACGACCCUCCUACACCCAGGCCAGGGAGAACCUGGUGAAGGCGAUCCCCCCCAAGCUCCUCUGUCUGCUGGCCUGUGGAGGAAAAGACUGUCGCUAUGAAGGACCCGAGUGCUGGAAAUUAAACCAGCAGGUCAUUCGAGGCCUUUUCUCAUCCUGGGUGACAGAUGACAUUAUUGCCAUGGCACGACCAUCCACUUUUCUGAUUGAGAAGUACAACAUCAUAGAACAGUUUCAGAGGUUGAACGUCAGAUCGAUCAUCAACAUGCAGCUUCCAGGAGAGCAUGCUCACUGUGGACCGCCCCUUGUCCCUGGAAGUGGUUUCACAUACUCUCCACAGAUAUUCAUGGACAAUGACAUUUACUUCUACAACUUCGGGAUGCCAGAUUUUGGUGUCACCUCUCUCGUUGGUUUAAUCGAUGGGGUGAAGGUUUUGGCCUUUGCAGUGAGUGAAGGAAGAGUGGCGGUGCACUGCCACGCAGGCCUGGGCAGGACAGGCGUGCUGAUCGCCUGUUACUUGGUCUUCACCCUGCGGAUCAGCCCGAGUGAGGCCGUCCACUACGUGCGGAUUAAACGUCCUCGCUCUAUCCAAACCCGCGCACAGAUCAGCCAGGUAUUUGACUUUGCCCGCUUGCUCGGUACACAACUGGUCCAGUACCCAGACCUGAACCUGCGGCACGGAGCCCCUUUCACUCUGCAGCACUACCUGAACCGACAGGCACUGCUGCUGCAUGGUCAGGAGGCACGCACCCUCAGACACACACCCAAGGUGGUGUACCUCCUGUGUGCGUGUCUCUCCUGCCUAGCCCUGGGUCUCCCUGCUCCUCCAGAGGUCAACGCCGAGCUGGAGAGGAGGUCAGCACUGAAGACCCUGAGCAUGACCGUCAGGGAGACCCUGGUGGCCAAACAGUACCUGCCCUUACUGAGGGAGGGUCGUAAAGGCUCAUGGGCGGGUUCAGGAUCGGUGUCUUCCUGGGACGAGCCGCUGGGGUUCUUGGAGAGGAAGAGAGAGGUGCUGCUGGACAAACGCAGCUACAGCGACUCUGACCUCAGCAAGAUCGCAGUGCAGGAGGAUCAGGAGUUGAGUCCAUAUUGCAUCUCUGCCCUUGGAAAUGAGAAGCACUGGUGUGUGCAGGAUCUGAUUCGACCUGAUCUGAGACCAGUCAGUCCGGUCCUUGCUCCGCUUUCACCGGGCCAUCGGACUGCCAAUAAGGAAUCUCGCACACUCAUCACAAACAUCCCAAUACCAGGCAUGAGAACAAGCAACAACUGUGCUAAGAGGUCGAAGUGCACGGCUAUAAAGGCCCUUCAUAAAUACAGCUCCAACAUGGAGUUGUGCAGAAAUCCACAUAAUCCAGGCCCAACCUCAGUCGCCAGGGCUGUUGCCAAGGCAAUGGCAGACCAAGGUCCUCCAGGAGAGACUGUUCUGCAAAGAUCGGCUCUGCUGCAGGAGGAACUGAACAGUAGCGACUGUGGCUGGGCUCUGCUGGUCACCGAGUCAGAUCCUCAUGUUCUCAGCUGUCUGUUGUGGGCCUGGCUGGACAGGUUACGGGAGCCUGUUCUGAGUGCAGAGGAUGUAGACAGGUUGAGUUGUGCAGCAAACACUAGGAAGCCUCUCAAUGUCCUCAAGAAGCCACAGAGACACACCAUCUAUUGUCUACUGAGCUGUGUGAGCACGGUGACCAGCCUGUGUCCUCACAGGGAGGAGGCUGUGCUCCAACGACUGAUGCGGACACUUACAAGGCGCCCCCAAGAGGACAUGGCAAGUCUUGGGUCCUUGAUGAAGGUCCUGAAGACGAGUAUGAGAGAAACCUUCCACAACUACAGAAACCUCACGAGGACCUGCAGCACCACUGCAACACUCUGAAGAGCAGCGUCCACACCCGAGCGAAAAAACAAACACACAGCGGUUUCAAACCUGGUGGUGUCUCAUCCUGGGGAAAAAUGAGACGUGUAACAGGCCUUUUUGGUGGAAGACAUUUUAACAUGUGAGGGUAGGUAAAGGAAAUGAUACAAAGGAAUGAGGCCUGACAGAUAUUUAUUUAUUUUGUGAUUGCUAACAUAUGUUGGUAAAGCAUCAUCACACAGUCUGCAGAAACAGCAGCUGGACUGUGUAAUGUUCUUCAUUGCUCUCAGACAAAAUGCAUUCAGUGGCCACAUGUUCCAAACACCAUGAACACUGUUCUUCUUCAGACACCACCACACGCAAAACGCACCAUAUUUGCAGCACAAUUUUCAAAUGCUAACAUGCUGUUUUCAAAACAGAAUUUUAUAUAUUGAAAUAGAUAGAAAAUGAGCUGCUCAGCUAAAAGCCUGUUCAGUUGUCCUGUUUUUAGCUUGUAGAGAUGGAGGACUAGAAACCUUCACAGUACUGGUCUGUAUGAGUGUUUACAUGUUGUUGAUGUUUUUUUUGUUUUUUUUUGUAAGACCACCAAAUUUCACUCAUUUGUUUUUGUUUCAACAUUUUAUGUUUCAUAUGUCAAUGACUAUAUGUAAAGAUGUAGAUAAAAAUAAAGGAUAAUGAGGCAAAUUGCUGAUUUCUUCUGAGUCAUUCUUGUCACAUAUACAUCAGUUUUAAGCUCCAUGAAAAGUUUUGUUACAAAAGUCAGUCCUGUUUGGAGAGUGAUCCCUUUCUGUACCACCUCAUAUUGGAACCUGAAUGCAUCCUUGAAACCACAAUAAUAUAAGCACUGAGUUUUAAAAAACCUACUAAAGUGUCACUUAUACCAUGGCCCAGUCCUUAAACUUGAAAUAAAGACCCAAAAAUAAGAAUUCCGUAAUGACUCUGCUGUGAACUGUCAGCUAAAACCUUUUGUUUGAUCAGCAUUAGCAGAUAAGAUCCAGUGAGUUUGUCCACAGUG